AUGACCAAAUUUGAAUUCUUACCGAAUGAGACGCUUUUGGAAUUUUUUGGAUAUCUAAAUGGGAUAGAUAUAUAUUAUGCAUUUAGUGGAUUAAACAAUCGCUUUAAUCAGUUAAUUCGAAAUAUUCCAUUACAUGCCAAUUUUCAAAAUGUUAAAAGUGAAGUAUUCAAUCAAUUCUGUACUCAAAUGUUACUGUAUCCGUCUAUUAAAGAUCAAAUAGUUUCAUUAAAUUUGUCAGAUAUAAUAGGUACACGCGGACAAGCACAAGCAUUUUUGUCAAUGUUUCAAUUAAACGAAUUUUCUCAUUUACGAUCAUUAACUUUGGUUGAAAUAGUUUCUAUCGAUGGUGAAGAAAUGAAGUCUAUGUUGGAAUCUUUAUCUAAUCUGAAGCAUCUUGUUAUUAGAAAAUGUUACUUUAGUGAAGAUAUACAAACAGUGAUUAUGGAGUCAACAGUAAAAAUGUUAACAGUAUCAAUGCUAUAUUAUGAUUCAAUGUUUAUUGAUAAAACAAUCCCAAUCACACAUUUAACAGUGUCUGAAAGUUGUGAGUUAGAGACAUUAUAUGAAUUUUUUCGAGGUAUACCACUGUUGAAAUAUUUAAAAAUUGAAAGAUUAUCUGAUGAUGACUACAAUGGAUUUAAUCACUUAGAUUAUCUUAAUGACCAAGCUGUUUGUUUACGACAGUUAAUUAUACACAAUAAAGAUUGGUUUCAACCUGAUCUUUAUGAAUUGAUAUUCAGACAAACGCCAAAUUUGAAAAUAUUGACUUUCUCUGUUACCUAUACUGAACACGGCAUAUUUUUACCUGAACAGAACAAAAUAGACAUAGUUGGUGCUGAUCUUUGGGAGAAAAUGAUUACAGUAUUAAUACCUCAAUUAAAGGUUUUUGAAUUUGUUUUUGAGAUUAGUUUUUAUGAUUUAUGUCAAGAUAAGGUUUUGAAACAGUUUAAACUAUUUCAAACUGAUUUCUGGCUUAAACAACAUCAGUGGUAUACUGUAUGCGAAUAUGGAGAUAAAUCUGCAGUCAUCUAUACUAUUCCUUAUUGUUUAAAUUACAUUAGACUAGAAUCAGAUAUAAACAUCAAUUGUGAUGCAUCAAUAAACAAAUCAAAAUUACAUGACAACAUAACACACUUGAACUUUUGUGUAAAACGAGUGAACCGAGAAAUGCCUCAUUAUCUAUCAAAUAUCAAAUUACUCAGAUUAAAAUUAAAAUUUGGAUAUGGUCUCGCACCUGUUGUAUUUAAUAAGCAAGCUCUACAAUUACUUGAAAUGAGUGUUAAUUUAGCAAAUAUAAAAUAUUUAGAUAUCAACCAUUUAGUACAUAUUGAAUCACCAUUAAUAUUAUUACAAAUACUUAAACAAACACCAAAUUUAUCAGUAAUCGGUAUAACUCCGCAAUGUUUAAUAUCAUCACUUACAAGCGAUGAACUAUGCACAUAUUUUAAUAAACUGAUUAAAAAAUUAUUAAUUUUCGCUAGAGAAGGUCUUUCAUCGAUUGAUUCAAAUAAACUAAUCAAACUUUGUAAAACAUUUUCUAAUCUGGAACAACUUCAAUGUUCUGUCCAGCAUUCAAAUGAUUUGAUGUUUAUAUUGGAAUAUUUAUCAAAACUAUCCUGUAUUAAAAUUAAGUGUUCCGAAGAUCUUCAUCUGUCUGUGGAGGAUUUAAAUGAGAAGCUACAAGAACUUGGUUCGAAAUUAAAAAAGACAUUUCUUUACGAAUUUACUUCUCAAGAAGAUAUUUUUAAGAAUGACAACACAUACUUAGACAUUUGGCUUAACUAUAAAAAUUAA